UUCUUUCGGUUAAGAUUACGCCUUGAAAGGAGAAUGAACCCGAGAAGGUUGUCUGCAAAAUAUUGUGUCUCUAGACUGCAACAAGAGCGCUUGAACGACUGUUCAACCAAGUUUAGCUUUAAUCUCGUUCCCUCCUCAUCUUAUUAUUUCGUUACCUCUUUUAAAAAUGUUCAAUUCUGAUUAAUGAUGUUUACUGCUUUUUUAAUUAAAUCCCGAUCAAUAGAAGUAUCAUCAGAAAUCUUAUUCUCUCAUCUUUCUUACUAAGAAUACACACAUCUCUUGGUUUCAGCUGUUGUUUACGUGUGUUAACUCUUUGUAUAAAUUCACAGUGUUCAAGUGGCUACAGUUUUCUUUAUUGUUUAAGUCUUAUUAUUCUAUUGUUAUCACUGGAAUUUUGUUUUUAUUAUUUGAUGGUAUAAUCUUUGUUUAAAUGAAUUCAUAGUGUUCAUGAUUGUUGUUUAUGAUAGUCACCGAAAUUUAUAAAUCAAGGUUAAAUAUUUGAUUUUAAAUGGAAGCCAUGUCAUCGGAGUCCAGUCCUCUUUUGGGACCAAAAAAGAAAGAAAAACGUAAAAAAGGAUCAAGACCUCGAUUUGAAGAGUUGACUGAUCCUUGUUCCUCCAAAGAAAGUGCCUAUUCGGAUCAGGAUCCAACACAUUAUGGCUCAAAACACGAAAACCCUCCACCCUAUUCGGUUGAAGAUGUAUCCCCUUCUGCUCCUCCACUGCCUCAUCCACCAGCUUCAUCUACCGAUGUGCGAUUAAGAAUUCCAGAAGACCCCAGCUUGACAAGCAAAAAACAAUUGAUCCGCCAUUCAUAUUCACUUCUUGCUGGACAAUGGUCUCUUUUCUCCGGCUUGACACUUCUUCUUGUCGAGAUCCCUCAUUUGCGAAAAAUUAUCCGUAAAAAUUUUUUCGAUAAGCUAUUUUUGACUUCAUCAUUUGGAUUCCCAUUGGCAAUACUUAUGGUUGUUUUAUUCAUUUUCCCAGCCCUUCGACGUCAAUUUGCAUGGAUUACAUUACUUAUUUUGACUGUUUCUAUGAGUCUACUUUUGGCCUACGUGGUUAGUAUUGAAAGUGCAACUGCAAUGUUUUAUACCACUUUGAGUGCAGAUGUCUCCUGCUUCGGUGUCAUUGGUUCUACUUUUAUUCCUCGUUUCGACAUUUCAUCAUCUAAACUAGCACUUCUUGGUAUGCCAUUGACAAUGCUGUCAAGUAGUGCUGCAAUAUCUUCUUUAACGCACUUGAAAGUAUCAAAAUGGUUACCAGCAUCAUCCGCAGUUACUCUUUUAAUGUGUCAUCUUGCUUAUAAUACAAGAUCGAUUUUCAAAGACAAUAGGCUCAACUUGAGCCCUAACGAAUAUGCCUUUGCUGCGUCAAAUUUAUACCUCAAUUGUGAUCUUGUAAAGUGGAUAAAGGGACGCUCUUCAUCGUCCAAUUACCGAUCACUUCCAGAAAUAUAGUCAUUCAAAUUCCACCAUUCUUUUGGUGUGAAAUAAUAAAUGCAUUUUUAAAUUUACA